AUCUAUGAGUAGAAAUGGAGUAGGAAUCCACAUAGAAAUAAAUAAUCACAAGAUUAAACAUUUUACAUGAUGCACUCAAACUUGCUCCGUUCAAUGCUAGGUCAUUCACUUUUCCUACGCUUUCCUCCUCGCCUACGUCACUUUUACCUACGCUGUGUUGCCUAUUUACAUUUUGCAUCAAAUAUUCUUCAUUAGAAUUUAGUAAAUUAUUAUCAAUUUGUCAAAAUGACCGAUUACAGUCAAUUUGGAGCCGUUUUGGCUCAAUUGGCAAACAAUCCAGCUCCACCUAUUCCUGCAUUGGAUAAUAUUAUUGAGUGGGACGACGUUAGUGGUAAUCCGAUUUUUCCAGAUCCACAGGAAGUAUGGAGAAGAUUCGUACCAAAUUCGAUGAGAAUCAAAUCAUUUGCAAACACGGUCGUAGCGAGAGAAUUUAUUGCUGGAAUGGAGAAUGGACAGAGACAAACUUUUACCGUGAAUUACAAUGGGAAUGGAGGAACAGAUACAGCAACGGAGAGAAGUUUGUUGGGGUGGAUUUUAGGAGGAGAUUUGAAGAUGAUCCAUGUUCAACGUACGAUUCGUCGACUCACAGUGACCAAAACUCUUGGACUACUUAUUCCUUUCGACAAUCACUAUCCUUUGCAGCCACUACGAGUAUCAAAAGAGGGGACAAGAAUUGGUAAACCGAUUAAUGAUCUUAUGCUGGAAAUUAACCUCAAUGCCGAGCGUGGUGUUAUGGGACCAGGAUCAUUUUGUUGCCGUGAACCUCAUUGUGUUGUGACUGGUCCGUUGAUUACUCAAUGUUCUGUGGUGCAAUGGGGAUCAAGUCAAAAUCAGAGGGUCAAUUUAAGAAAAAGAUUCACAUGCUCUACCACAAACGUGGUCUAUUUGGAGCACUGUCAAGCUUGCUACGAUGACGGUGGAUGGAGUACAUAUGUAGGAGAAACUGCAGCAAAGCGUAAUGCACAUGGACGAUUUGGACAACAUGAUUACGAAUUAUGUAAUGAGCGUAAUGGCAAACGAUACCCGAACAAUGCUGCAGUGGCCGCCGAAAUCAACCAAAUAAUGCAACAACCCCCAGCACCAGAACGUGAUCCAGAACAGUUAAUGAGGGAUCCGUACUCCCAUUUCAACUAUGUUCAUCAACGAACUGAUAGACGAUAUACUUUCGUGGAUGGGGGGUUUCGAAGCAGUACUGAAAGGAAAGCAACUGAAUAUUUGUUUAUGGUCCAAUGUGGUAAUUUUACCUAUAAUUCUGCGACUUUCAGUGGUAGCUUGAAUCAGUUAACCUUGGAUUAAGUAUUCUUAUGUUUUUAAAACUUUUAUGUUCUGAUUUGUUCAAAUGGAAACCAGUUUCUGUUUCAUCACUAAUCUACACCAUUAAUUUUUUGUUCUGAUAUAAAACUAUUUAUCGUAUUAAACUUAUAAGUCAUGUGUAAACCCUGUUAUAACAUACGUGUCAAU